AUGUCCGAAAAAGAAAAAUCUAAAGUGAAUGUCCAAGCUAAACACAUUCCUAAAGAUGCUCAAGUUAUUAUGUCGAUAAUGAAGGAGGUCGGCAUCACGGACUAUGAGCCCAGAGUCGUGAACCAACUCUUAGAGUUCACUUAUCGGUACGUAACAUCGGUAUUGGAUGAUGCACGGGUAUUUGCUACCCACGCCAAGAAGAAAACUAUAGACCUGGAUGAUGUUCGACUGGCAGUGCAGAUGCAGUUGGAUAAGUCGUUUACGAGUCCCCCUCCAAGAGAGGUGUUGCUGGAGAUAUCGAGAGUGAAGAAUGUUAAUCCUCUGCCAAUGAUCAAGCCACACUGUGGUCUGCGGUUGCCACCAGAUCGUUACUGCCUGUCUGCCUGCAACUAUCGUCUGAAGCCAGCUGUCAAGAAAGCAGCACCCAAGCCUACCAUCUCAGCUGUACCUUCAUUGAAGACAGUCACCACAUCUAAACCUCCACCUACCCAGAAUGUGGUGGUGAAGAGACCUCCGGGCGCUAUUGUCAAUGUAGCAGCUCCAAAACCUACUGUAGUUCCUAAACCUGUUCUUAAAUUCACAUCUGGUACUAAGGUUGUAGCAAAGCCUGCAGUGAGAGUUACAGCUGGUCCAUCAGCACACACAUCUGUCAAGAUGGAGUUAGAUGAAGGGGCACAAAAACGAAAGCGUGAAGAUGAUGAUUACGAAACCUAA